AUGUCUCCGACCACGAGCACUACUCCGGGCCAGGAGGAUAAUUCCAAGGCUUCCAAAGGCGGGAGAUGGCAGCGGUUGACGGCGCCGUAUGGCACCAAGCAGCCAUACGCGGCUUUCGCCGAGACCCACGCCAUGGCUCGCGGCGAAGAGGGCAUCUGGGCCGGAAACUGGACGCAGAGACUUGCUGAAUACAAGACGUCUUGUGCGGCGAAGGAAGGAAGGAACUGA